GGUAGGGGGUGGCGCUGCCGGCGGGCGGGGGCUGCGGAGCUGCGAUGCGGACGGGGCAGCGGCGGUGACCGGAGCUGCCGCCCGACAUGAACUCGCUAGAGCAGGCGGAAGAUCUCAAGGCUUUCGAGAGGAGACUUACUGAAUAUAUUCAUUGUUUGCAACCUGCCACUGGACGUUGGAGAAUGCUUCUUAUAGUGGUAUCUGUCUGUACAGCUACUGGUGCCUGGAACUGGUUAAUAGAUCCUGAGACACAAAAGGUAUCCUUCUUCACAUCGUUAUGGAAUCAUCCGUUUUUCACCAUUAGCUGUAUCACUCUAAUAGGCUUGUUCUUUGCAGGAAUACACAAGAGAGUAGUUGCACCAUCAAUUAUAGCUGCUCGAUGCCGAACGAUAUUAGCAGAGUACAAUAUGUCUUGUGAUGAUACAGGGAAGCUAAUUUUGAAACCUAGGCCUCAUGUUCAAUGACAAUCUGCCCUCAUUGUUAUGGGACCUAAAACAGCCUUUCUUCAAAUAAGUGAUACAGCAAAAAGCCAUAAAGGAUUCCUUUUGCAGUUGGAUAUGUGAAGGUCAUAGCAGCAACUGACAAGAAAUGUGCAAUAUUUACCCAGAUUAUCUUGAUGAUGAUGACUUGCAUUAUCAGUGCUUUGGUACCUUUGAUUACCUGUGUUUCAGUAUUAGUGUCACUUUAGUACUUCAGAUCCUGCAAAGAUUUUUUGCAGAUGAAGUAUGUAUGUGUAUUACUAAGUUAAACUUAGAAACAGAACCUCAUUCAGUUUUUAUAAUGUAUUUUUGCAAACUACUGUAAAUAGCAAAUCAAUGCCAAUGUUAAACAAAGAGGAAAACGUUGUGUGGACUUUGUUCUCCUGCACCAGUAUUUCAGGAACAUCUGCUUGCCAUCCCCGCAGCUCUUUAAAACCGGCUAUUAUGUGUGCCUUUCAUUCUUACAUGUCUCUUAAUCGUACUUCAGGAAAAACAUUGGAUUCAGCUUAGACUGAGGAACACUCAUCUCCAUUAUGUUGUAAGAAAUUCUAGAUGUUUUGAGAAACAAUUUUUUGUUAAAAACCAGAUAUUGAAUUCCAGCAACGAUUGUGGUUAUGUUUUUCAGUUCAUUGCUUUCUUUUAAUGCUAGAUAUAGUUUAUAUAUUUUUAAAUAAUUUUAAGAACACCCCAAAGGGUUCUGAAUAUACAAUUUUAGUUAUAAAUUAUGUAUUGUCUGAGAAUUUGAUAGUCAUUGUUUU